AUGCUUCAGCUACAUAAUCCCCCCCGUCAUCAUUGUUGUCAGAUUCCCCGCCUCCUGAUUCGUCGGUGGCGCCUCUUGUUCUGGGCGUUCGUGGCGUUCCCGCCACGUUCCCGAUCUCACAAGCGCUUCUCUUCCCCCAACGAUUGCGCCUCCGCCCCGUCUUCCGCCUCGUCCCCCACGACCUCCGCCUUGGGCCCCGCGGGUCGUCUCUCCGCCUCUGCCCUCAUUCUCGUUGAUCUGCCCUCCCUGCCCCGCCUGUGGCGUUCUCCCCACCGGGAUCCACGCCCUGCUCCGGGCCGCCUCGGUGCUGGCUGGGCGCGGAACUUCUUCACGCCAUUUCCGCUAGUGGCGCGCGCAGCAGCGCCGUUCCCAUGCCCCGGUGUAUCGCCCGCCACCUGGUCGCGCCCCUGCGUGUCGGCGCCCACGGCAGCAACAGGCGUUUCGGCGGACCCAGCGCUAGCCGUUACACCUCCCUCGACUGGGCCUACGUCCGCUCCCACUGCAGCAGCCGUCACCACCGCUGUCUCGGGGUCCGUCACACGGUGUGAAGAUGAGUCGCCGCCAGAGGCAGCGGCAGGCCCGGCAGCCUACUCCCGUUCUGCCUCCCACCCCACCGCAGCCAUCGCAGAUGUCGCCGCCUCCGCUGCCUCCGUCACCGCCUCCACUCGUCCAUCCCGAUCCUCCCCCAACGCUGUCUCCAGGGAAGAUUUCGUCAUCGAGCACCCCGCCGCCCCGCGGGACCUUCCUGUCGGGGUCCUUGCCACUUGCUUGUCAAGGGGCUCGUCAGGCUCAGGCCCCGCAGCACCGCUGGAGUUUGUGGGAGGACUCUCCCCCUGUUGGACGGGCCCUUCGUGGUCUCAGGUGGCGCGGGAGCCCACCCCUCGUGGUUCCACCACCGAUCAUCGCCAGAGGGAUCAGGAGCGUCAGACGGAAGAUCAGGAGACCGGGCGCGAGGAGGAGGGAAACGAGCGACAGGUGGAGGUACGCCAGGAACAAGUGGCUCCUGCCACUGAGGAAGCUCCACAGGGGGAACAGCGCAAGCUGGGGAUGGAGCAGGAACGGGAGGUGCGGGAAGCGCCUCAGCAGAAGGCACCGACGGUGGAGGGGCCAGAGGAGGAGGCCGAGGAGAGGAUGGCGCCGAGGACGGAGCCGACGGCGAUAGAGAAUGCUGCGACACCCGAGGGGACGUCGCCGCAGGGCCAGAGGACAGCUGCUGAGAAGACUGUAGCGACGCGGAGGGCAGAAGAGGCGGUUGCAACAUCAGAAGAGGAGGAGGCGGCUGCUGCUGGAGAAGGGGGCCGACUAUCUCUCGCUGGAGAGCAGGAGGGUGGUGAGGCGGGCGCCGAUGACAAAAGGAGCCCUUGCGGGUCCGGAGAUGAGGAUGGGUGCGCCCACGAGGAGAACGAUAGAAUGGCUAUCGGCCACGGGAAGGGGUCCCGCCCCCCCCGUGCUCGACCAAGGCAGCGGCGGCUCGAAGCAGGGCUGGCGCUAGCGCGCCCGGGUCCUCAGACGAGCUGGGAACAGCAGAAGGACCCACUGAGCGCUCCGACGGUGGGGAGGGACGGCGAUUGCCCGUCAUCAUCUAGAAACCUGGAAGCACAGGAUGAAGGAAAGGAGACACGCCGACCGGCGAAUCAGGGGGGGAAAGAUAGGGAAGAAGAAGAGGAGAUGACGGCCCCGACAACAGCAGAACAAUGGCGGCGGACUGAGACAAGCCGGUAG